GUGAACAGGAAACCCUCGCGAAACGUUUAUAAAAGGAUAAGAAAAAACCUCCUAAUUCCCACCAUGGCGUCUAUAGAGAAGUCUACAGACUCAACCAAAGAUGCUGUGACGUCGGGUUUAGGUUUAAUGCCCAUGAGGACGCCACGAAAGUUGUUUAGGCUUUGUACGUUUAUACUUGACGAACUAUUAUCCUUUCACGACUGCUUUCUGUUUGUGUCGCCUGUUCCGAAGACUGCCACUUAUUAUCACCAAGUGAUCGAGUAUCCGAUGGAUUUAUCGACGGUGGAACAGAAUCUCUACGACGACAAAUACCAUGGCUACACGGAAUUUGAGAAUGACCUUUCACAUAUUUGGACCAACGCCAAACUCUUCCAUCCUCCCUUGGAGCCGAUUUACCAGCAAGCAGUACGCUUACAAGAACGUUAUCAAGCGUUAAUUAAUUCUCUGCAAGGAGGCUUACAAACCGUUAAUUUAUCGGCUCCAGUAGCCGAUCCAGAAAAUCAACCUAUUCCUGAAGAAGCCGAUUUUGAUUUACCACGAUAUAGAACCAUUCCAGACAGUCAAGAGAGUUUUCUUUACAUGAUCCAGUGCAUAAGACCUACGGAAAAGAGCAAUAAAUCGAUCCGCGGAUUCUCGAAAGUAAGGCAUUUUUAUGACCAGCUCAACGGACCUUUCUUCCGUACGGUCGACCAAUUUCUUACAGACACCUUGCCAUCCAAACCGACGCCGCUGCCUCGUCUCUACAUCGGCAAAAAUCGUACGUUAUUAAUCGAAGCGCGAGAUAAAAAGCAAGCUGUGUUGGCGGUGCUUUUCAACGUUCAGAUUAAAGUGGGCACCGGCCCUCGACUUCAGAAAAACCAAGUCCAUCAAUUGAAAGCCGACGUUGCGCUCGCACAACCCAUUGGACUUUGCCAUAGUUUUGAUGAAACCGGGAUUGACAGCAACCUGACGUACGAAUAUUAUCCCAAGGCGUGGAUGAAAGUCAAAAUCAUACGGGUCGUGAAAGACGUGGAAACAGUAAUGAGCGAUGCAAUGGAUCGAAACUUUUUCCGAAGAGCGUAUUCCACCUACCGAUUAUCGCAUUCACGGACGGAUAUAAAAAAGGCAAAAGAUGUUCUCAUUAUGGAAGCAUUUAUGAAGGCCAUCAUGACUGGUAAAUCCACGCAAUUAAGCGACACCAUUUCCGCGUCAAGGUCACCAACGUCAGCAUCGAUUUCUCCUGCUUCGCAAACCUCUGUGACAACGAGUGAGAUGACGGGAGAUCCGCAAUCUUCAGCUUCAUCGACAGACACCAAGGAAACGGUGACAACGCAACCAAUUUUGUCUGAAACCAUCCCAACCGAUUUUUCAGUCACUUCUUCUCGACCUCCUGCUUCCUCAGUGUCUGCCGGCUUGCCACUAGACCCCCAAUCUACGUUCAGUGAAGAAAAGAAGGUCAACUUGACAGAAUCUGAUAAGACGACUUUUGUGAAGGAUCUGCAAGAUAAGCCGGAACUAUACGAAGGUGUGGAUGCCGGAGAGGUAGCUUACAUGACCUCCAGGACAUCGGCAAAAGAGAGCGGGCCCAUGCUUGCCGAUGAUCGAUCGGCUUCUAUGACCUUUGAAAAGUUGCGACAGCAAAAGCCGAUGGAGACUUUGACCGCCCAUGCAGCAACCGACGAUGUAUCAAUGUCCCAUGCAAGUGGGCCCGAAGAAUUAUGGUCAAGGCUUCUCAAUUUUUCCAAGGAAAAGCAGGUCGCGACGACCAACGUGAAAAAGUAUCUGGCGAAUACAUCUUCAUUUCCGAAUGCGCAGGGUUUCUUCAAGCACGUCUACUUUGUAAAGGAUGAUGAUCGUGUGGUGGUGCAAACAUUUCGACGCAUGACCGUCAAUCAGCGUGCCACUGAACUUGUUAGUCUUUUGUAUUUGCGCGACUUGCCUCACAUGGGACAAAUUUUUGAAGUGCUCCAGGAAGAUAAUGGCGAUGUGGUAGGAUUGUCCAUGCAGCGGUACCAGAAGACGCUCAAGCAGUAUACACAUUUACACUCUCAUCAUCGAUUGUCGGCGUAUCAAAAAAUGGAUCUGAUCGAGCAGAUGCUUCAGUGUAUGAAAACCAUCCACAGCAUCGGGCUUGCGCAUCGUGAUCUUUCCGAGGUGAACUUUAUGGUCAACGAAGGCGAUGAACGGCUUGAAGAUGGAAUGCCGAAAGCGCAUUUAUACCUGAUCGAUUUUGGAAAAGCCACAUUUACUAGACCCAAGGAUGUGGGUGCUUGGUGGGUAGAAUCUCCCAAGGUGGAUGGCGAAUAUGAUGGCGAAGUCAUUCCUGCCAACGAGGACCAACUAAAAAUAUGGUGUCGUCACUUGCCGUGGAUGAUGGCGAAACCCGAUCACGGUUAUCUUCAUUAUCGCUCGAUCCAAACGCUACCAAAAAAUCGCUCCGACACCGCCGUUCUGCCUUGGCUUAUUCAUCCGCUGGCCGAAGAUAUGUAUUCUAUUGGCACCAUUAUGUGGAAAGUCUUUGCCGAAACCGAACCUUGGCAUGGUAUUUUGGAUACGGAUCUGCGAGCUUUACGCGACACGGUGAAGGAUGAUUACCGCAUCGAGAAGACCUUGGAUCGCGAAGUGGCAGGCCAAUUAAGCCGUCAGCUUUUGUUAUUUUGCCUGAAAACAAAACCGGAAGAACGGAAAUCCGCCGUGGAAAUUUUGGAAUGGCUCCGUUCGGACGACAUUAGAAACGAAUUGAUCAAGGAGUGGCAAGCCUAUGCGCCAGAUAGUCGAAGGAAGAGGCAUGCCAAAGUAGCUUUUGAAAUCGAAGAAGAGUCACGGGAAUACAAAAGAGCCCGAGGUGGUGGACGAGGUCGCAGUCGCGGUAGAGGUCGAGGCCGGGGUCGGGGUCGGGGUCGGGGUCGAGGUCGAGGUCGAGGUCAAGCAGAAGGACGCGGCCCAAGUCCUAUAUCAUCAUCGUUUGUACCCGCACCCAUUGCAAACAGCCAUGAUACAGAGCUGCGGCAUGAACAAUCAAGGCGUGGACGUCCAAGAGGCCGCCCUCGUGGUCGGCCCCGAGGCAGACCCAGGAAAUUCACCGAGUCUUUUGUGCAAGAACAGCCGAACGCGCCUGCUGCACCAUUGCUUAUCACUUUACCGGCACCUCCAUCUACUUCAUCGGCUUCAGCAGUUCCUUCUCUGUCAGUUCCUGCUGCUCCUACUGCUCCUAUGGUUUCAUCUGCGUCUCCAGUUUCAUCCACAUCAUCCAUUAAUUUUCAAGGAAAAUUUUCGACGCAUUCGUCGAAUUUUCCGCCUAUACAACCCCGUCCUAAUUCUUCCUCUCCUUUGUCAUCUUGGGAUCCGGCAUCUCACCCACAACCAAGACUUCUUAUUCGGGUUCCGCGGGUAUCUAGAAUGCGUCCAUCUCCUACCGAUCCAUUAUCGGAGGACACUGCAAGGCCGAGUGGACCUCGUCCGAGAGGGCGGCCCAGAGGGCGGCCUAGAGGUCGUGCAAGGGGUCGUCCCCGACUUACUGAACGUUUUUAAAAAAGGUCAAUAUAUUAUUUUUUAUUUACGACAUUGUAUCAUAUUUCGUACUGUCACUAUUAUACAGCUUCAUUUUUUGCUUCGCUUUUUUUCCCCUUAGAGACUUAGCAUUUUCAGUUGAAAUCACCCUAGAAAAACCUUUUAACGGUGUUGUUCAACCACCAAUUUAAUAAUGCAUAUCAUUACCCAGAUGUUUCUAUUAAAACUAUUAUAAUAAGUUCCUGUUUAUAGAGCCUACCGUCAUGCAAUGGUUUUUCAACUGUGAUAAAUGGAUUCUGUAGUCUGAUGGUCGCUCAGCAAAGAAGCCGCAAGGCUUGUAGGCAAAAAUUGAAGCGUAAGUGAGACGAGACAAAUACAGGAAUUUAUCUGUUUGGUCGAAAUGUUACUGUGUGGUGUGAUAGGAUCUUUUUUUCCUUUUUUCUAAGAGUUCGAAAAUAACUCUGUUUCUGAAAACAAAAAACAACGACAUAACAAGUGAU